UAUAUGCCUACGGAUCCGUCUCUUACAGCUUCCCGGACCGGAACCUUUCAGUCGCAGUCCUUUUUAGUGUUUUCAAAGAACGAGAUAACCACUUUACGUGAGAAUCAUGCCGAUGUUCGUGGUUUCCACCAACGUGGCCAAAGACAAUGUGCCGGCGGCUCUCCUGUCGGAAGCUACCGAGGAGCUGGCUAAAGCUAUGGGCAAGCCUGCGCAGUACAUUGCUGUGCAAAUCAACCCAGAGCAAAUGAUAAUGUUUGGAGGGAAGAGAGAACCGUGUGCACUCUGCUUCCUUCACAGUAUUGGAAAAAUCAGCUCUGCUCAAAACAAGCAGUACUCUAAGCUACUGUGUGGACUGCUCAACAAACACCUGGGCGUAUCUCCUGACAGGAUUUACAUUAAUUGUGUGGACAUGGAUCCCAGCAAUGUGGCCUGGAACAACUCCACUUUUGGCUGAGAUGGAGGUUGAGGGGCUCAAAGAAAACCAUUCCAUCUGCAUUGAAAUGUGAUAAUAUAGUUUAAUGCGCAAAAGCAAAAUACACAUGAUUAUACCUUGUCAAUUGACCUUUAUUGCACUUACUAGUUCAAUCAAUGGAGAUUUUCAGUAGUCUUUCCCCUCCACAAUAAAGCACAUCUGGUAGUACACAAAUUCAUGUUUUCUCAUUGCCUCGCUGUAUCGAAUGGGCUUACUUUUCCAUAGACCUCAAGUUUAUGUAAUCCUCACCUUGAUGCAAAUUGCGGUAUAUGUAAACGUCGCUGGCAUAUUGAAUGUGUCAAAAGGUCACAAUACCUCAUGCGUUUGCUGCUUGGAGAUGGGCCACCAUAUAAUAUCAUAUUGUGUCUAAUAAAGGAAAAUCAUGGAUUUGUUUCCAAAUACAUUUUACGUGCUCAAAGAUUAUUACUGAAAAUGUGCAUAGACUAGAUCAGGGGUGCUCAAUGCGUCAAUCAUAAUCGACCAGUCGGCGUGCCGCGAGGAAAAAAAUUGUUCCCCAUAAUCUGACAAUACAUGGCCAUGGUCAUCCUCUCCUUAAUACAGUGCUGUCCUGUCCCAUGUGCAAAAAAACACCCCCAAAGCAUGAUGCCACCACCCCCAUACUUCACAGUAGGGAUGGUGUUCUUGGAAUGGAACUCAUCAUUCGUCUUCCUCCAAACACGGUUAGUGGAAUUAUGACCAAAAAGUUCCAUUUUGGUCUCAUCUGACCACAAAACCUUCUCACAUGACUCCUCUGUAUCAUCCAAAUGGUCAUUGGCAAAUUUAAGAUGGACCGUGAUAUGUGCUGGCGUAAGCAGGGGAACCUUCCGUGCCAUGCAUGAUUUCAAACCAUGACGUCUUAGUGUAUUACCAACAGUCACCUUGAAAACGGUGGUCCCAGGUCUUUUCAGGUCAUUGACCCAAGUCCUGUCAUGUAGUCCUGGGCUGAUUGAGAUUGACUGAAUGUUUAGCUUCUUCCAUUUUCUAAUGAUUCCUCCACCAGUGGAACUUUUUUUCACCGAGCUGCUUGGCAAUUUCUCCGUAGCCCUUUCCAGCCGUGUGGAGUUGUACAAUUUUGUCUCUGGUGUCUUUGGACAGCUCUUUUGUCUUAGCCAUGUUAUAAGUUUGAGUCUUACUGAUUGGAUGGAGUGGACAGGUGUCUUUAUGCAGCUAACGACCUCACACAGGUGCAUCUGAUUCAGGAUAAUAUAUGGAGUGGACGUGGACUUUUAAAGGCAGACAAAGAGGUCUUUGAGGGUCAGAAUUCUAGCUGAUAGACAGGUGUUCAAAUACAUUACCCUAACAUUUGCAGCUGUAUCACACAAAUAAAUCGUGAAAAAAAUCA